AUGUGGCUGCCUCUGCUGCUGGGAGUCUUGGUCUGGGCAGCGCUGUGGUUGUUCAGGGACCGACAGAGCCUGCCUGCCAGCGAUGCUUUCAUCUUCAUCACCGGCUGUGACUCAGGCUUCGGGCGGCUUCUGGCACUGAGACUGGACCAGAGAGGCUUCCGAGUCCUGGCCAGCUGCCUGACCCCCUCAGGGGCAGAGGACCUACAGCGUGUGGCCUCCUCUCGCCUCCACACCACCCUGCUUGAUGUCACUGAGCCCCAGAGUGUCCAGCGGGCAGCCAAGUGGGUGGAAACACAUGUUGGUGAAGCAGGGCUUUUUGGUCUGGUGAAUAAUGCUGGUGUGGCUGGUAUCAUUGGGCCCACGCCGUGGCUCACACGAGAUGAUUUCCAUCGGGUGCUGAGUGUGAAUACGCUGGGUCCCAUUGGGGUCACCCUUGCCCUGCUCCCCCUGCUCCAGCAGGCCAGGGGCCGGGUGGUCAACAUCACCAGUGUUCUGGGUCGCCUGGCAGCCAAUGGUGGGGGCUAUUGUGUCUCCAAGUUUGGCCUGGAGGCCUUCUCUGACAGCCUGAGGCGGGAUGUGGCUCCUUUUGGUGUCCGAGUCUCCAUUGUGGAGCCUGGCUUCUUCCAAACCCCUGUGACAAACCUGGAGAGUUUGGAGAACACGCUGCAGGAGUGCUGGGCACGGCUACCUCCUGACACACAGGCCCACUACGGGGAGGCCUUCCUCACCAAGUACUUUAAAAUGCAGCGGCGCAUCAUGAGCCUGAUCUGUGACCCAGACCUGACCAAGGUGAGCAGGUGCCUGGAGCAUGCCCUGACUGCUCGUCACCCCAGAACCCGUUACAGCCCAGGCUGGGAUGCCAAGCUGCUCUGGCUGCCGGCCUCCUACUUGCCAGCCAGCCUGGUGGAUGCUGUGCUCACCUGGGUCGUUCCCAAGCCUGCCCAGGCAGUCUGCUGA